GAGAAUCCCAAGCAGACUCCACUGAGUAUGGUGCCCUAGGUGGGACUCCAUCUUGUGACCCAUGAGCCAAAACCAAGGUGCCCAACCGACUGAACCAGCCGGGUGCCCCCAUUUUUACUAAAUCUUUUGAGACACUGCUCCUCGGUGACCUCGCUGCUAGGGGUGUCAACAGCAUCAACUUUUGUGUUGCUGUUUGGGUGGGUGAAAGUAAAGCACAGUGAGACCUAUUGGCCAUGGGUCUCUCUUUGACUUAAAGGGAUCAAUUGUGAAUAUUCUGAUAGAAAAAUUUUCUCUUUUUCUGCCACCUGAUCUUGUUUUCUGGAGAUGGGAGCUCAUUAACCUGAGCACUAUUUCUAUUUCAGUCUUGUGUAUUCAUCUGAGGAGGAGAACCAUUCUCUUACACAGGAAAAUCUUAAUUUUUCACGUUUUCUUAAAUACUUUACCUUUGACUAAGAGAACCGUGAUGUAGAACUGUAAGCUUGCACCUGCUCUCAGAGCUGUGGGAGAAGAAGCCCCAUGCCAGUGGGUCCCCUUUUGCCCUUUUGUAUUAAAACCCAUGGAAGCGUAGCACCCGUUCCCGGAGAAGUGAGCAGUGCCUCUGAGCCCCAGCCCCGUGACACACCUGUCCUCCCCACUUAGGCAGUUCCUGUGGAGCUUCCGGCUGCCGGGGGAGGCCCAGAAGAUUGACCGGAUGAUGGAGGCGUUUGCCCAGCGCUAUUGCCAGUGUAAUAUUGGGGUGUUCCAGUCCACAGACACUUGUUACGUCCUCUCGUUUGCCAUCAUCAUGUUGAACACCAGCCUGCACAACCCCAAUGUCAAAGAUAAGCCCACUGUGGAGAGGUUCAUCGCCAUGAAUCGCGGCAUCAACGAUGGGGGAGACCUGCCCGAGGAGCUGCUCCGGAAUCUGUAUGAGAGCAUAAAAAACGAACCCUUUAAAAUCCCAGAAGAUGAUGGGAAUGACCUCACUCACACUUUCUUCAACCCAGACCGGGAAGGCUGGCUAUUGAAACUUGGUGGCAGGGUCAAGACUUGGAAGAGACGCUGGUUUAUUCUGACUGACAACUGCCUUUACUACUUUGAAUAUACGACGGACAAGGAGCCCCGUGGGAUUAUCCCUUUAGAGAAUCUGAGUAUCCGGGAGGUAGAGGACUCCAAAAAGCCAAACUGCUUUGAGCUUUAUAUCCCCGACAAUAAAGACCAAGUCAUCAAGGCCUGUAAGACGGAGGCAGACGGGCGGGUCGUGGAAGGGAACCACACCGUGUACCGGAUCUCAGCCCCGACGCCUGAGGAGAAGGAGGAGUGGAUUAAAUGCAUCAAAGCAGCCAUCAGCAGGGACCCUUUCUACGAGAUGCUGGCCGCGAGGAAGAAGAAGGUCUCCUCCACGAAGAGACACUGAGUCUGCCCAGCGAGCGGCGCCGGCGUGCGAGGCGUGCGAGGCCCCGGGUCCUUCCUCCCGUCCCCCCCCCGCGGACGGGCGGCGGGCUGCCGAGCAGGGCUGUCCCCUGCUGCGCAUCACCCCGAAUUCCUAGAGACUGGCUUCCACUUUGCUAUCUGUUUUUAAGUGGGAGAAGGGUAGGAGUUCGCACGGGGGAGAGGGAACAGAGCCCCCGCCAGCACAUCAGCCUCCGUGCAAGUCUCCCGCUCAGCAGGUCUGAUAGCAGAGCUCGAAGCCAGCUGUUUACCUCUUGGUUAUUUCCCUGUGAAGAAGCCUUCCACCCUGCACCGUAAAUACACCCAUCGAUAUAUUAUUCUAUGUUAAGAAAAAAGUGGAAUGGAAGAGAAGCCACAUACUAUAAAGAUAUAUUUUUGUUUUUUAAAGAGAGAAAAAGAUAAAGUAGAGCCCUUCCGAGGCAUUCUGCCUGGUCCGGGGUGGAGGCUCCCCGGGCAGCCGCCGAGGGUGUCCUCCCCACCCGCCGCCCCGGCCCACUGGCGGGAGCCGGCUUCUCAGCAGCCCGAGGGCGCGGGCGGUGGGACGGGCGGGCGGGCAGCAGCCACCCCUUCUCAGUUCCAGGUGUCGGGGGCACGGAGGGGAGAAGGGAAUCGCUGGACGGUCACUGUUUUUCAGAGUUCCUCCUUGUUGGGCUUUAAACUGCAAAGUCAGCAUUUUCCUUUGAGCUAAGUACCCCGGAACCAAAACUGGGAGGACGGCAGUCCCCGCCGAGGUUCGGGACGGCCUGUUUCUUACGUGGUUCUUCCUCCUCCCCCAGAGCUGCAGUCCUCGUUUUAGAGGAAGGAGCAGGUCUUACUGAUCACCUUAGGUCUUCAGCUUUUUCCGCCUCGACUCGGGACCUGACCUGGACUACUGUUGCCCAUUUGGCGGGGGGGGGCCUUCAUCUGCCCGGCAGGGGCAGGCGGAGCACCAGGGGGACAGGGCCGGCCUCGUGUCCUUCCCUUCCCUGCAGGCCUGCGUGCGCUGGCCUCGCCCUCCCAACUUACUGUGUGAAGGGAGCCGCGGAACGCAGCGUCCUCCUGCUCUUCUCUCAGGGACUCUCGGGCCGCUCCUGCCGCUCGCCCCGGCCGGCCCGGGCCACCCCGGCACUCCCACAUGGCCUCACGGAAGAAGGCGAAGAGCCGCCGGUCUUCUGGGGCAGCGGGAGCCCCGUUCCUCCGACUCCGUUAGGGCAGGCGGGCAUCUCUGCAGAUGGCCUUUGUGCAAGGGCGUGAUUGGGGGUGCAGGCGGGGGGCCUUUCGCGGGUCCCCUUCACACCGGUCCUCCCUCGAGUGGCUUCGGGCCUAUUCGCGCCGGAGCUCGUAAGGGGAUGGGGGAGGUCUGGGCCCGCUGGGGCCCCACCGCCGGCCGCGUCCCCUGCACUGGUUCUCACAAAUACUACACGGAGAGGCACCUGCGUCAGUAUUCGUCUAUUUAUCAGAGGUGUAAAUAAUCCAUGUAUAGUUUUUCUCCUUUUAGAUUAUUUUGUAUUUGUUUAAAAAAAGUUUUGUCAAAAUAUAAAAUAUAAAGAAAUGACUGAAAGUUGUUGACAGGGUUUUAAAAAAAAUUAUAAUUAUUAUUCCAACUGUUUUUUGUUCGUUUGGUUUUUUUGCAUUGUAAACUAGCACCAAGGGACUGCAGCAAAUAAACUCCAGAUCUGCCCAAAGCA